AUGCGUGAUAUAAGCACACCCAUCUCACUGGGUGCGUUUUCUCCCCUCAACCAACACCCAGUGAAACAGAGAAAAUCCUGCCAUCCAGAACCACACACUCCCAUCCCACCUCACCAUUUCUUUAGAGUGUUCUCCCCAUCAGCUGCCACCCAGCCGCCACACACCCUCGCAUGCUGCACCAAUGCCUGCAGCCACGCCGCAUCUCCAUCCCCACCAUUCCCCGCCAGCAUCUGCUCCAAUGCCUGCUUGACACGUUGCAGCACCUCCCAUGCUGCCUGCAUCGCCAUAGCUGCCAGCAUAGCCCCUUCCCAUACCUCCAACCUCCCACCCCUGCUGCUACUUCUCCCUUUUCUUUCCUCUCCUGUGCAAUGGCCCCCUCUUCUCCUUCAGAUUCCCUCUCCUUCACCCCGACUGUCCACCCCGUCCCCUCACUCCCCUCCUCUCCCUCCUUCCAGAUCUGAACCCCCAUGGCAGUCAGGAGGGACAGCAGGGGUGCUCUUCCCUCCCUCUUUCCCCUCUUUUCCCCCAUCAUUCACAUCACACCCCUCUCCGAUCCCAGUUUCCCCCCUCGCUGCUCUCCACUCCACAGAACCGGUCUGCCUCCACCCCAUCACCACACCAUCCCUCUCCCCUCCCUCCCCUCUUUUCUCCUCCCCUCUUUUCUCUCCCCCUCCCUCCCCUCUUUUCUCCUCCCCUCCCUGCCCUCUUUUCUCCUCCCCUCCCUCCCCUCUUUUCUCCUCCCCUCCCUCCCCUCUUUUCUCCUCCCCUCCCUCCCCUCUUUUCUCCUCCCCUCCCUGCCCUCUUUUCUCCUCCCCUCCCUGCCCUCUUUUCUCCUCCCCUCCCUCCCCUCUUUUCUCCUCCCCUCCCUGCCCUCCCUCCCUGCCCUCCCUCCCCUCUUUUCUCCUCCCCUCCUCCCCUCUUUUCUCCUCCCCUCUUUUCUCCUCCCCUCUUUUCUCCUCCCCUCCUCCCCUCUUUUCUCCUCCCCUCCUCCCCUCAAUUCUCCUCCCCUCUUUUCUCCUCCACUCCACCCCUCUUUUCUCCUCCCCUCCUCCCCUCUUUUCUCCUCCCCUCCUCCCCUCUUUUCUCCUCCCCUCCUCCCCUCUUUUCUCCUCCCAUCCUCCCCUCUUUUCUCCUCCCCUCUUUUCUCCUCCCCUCCUCCCCUCUUUUCUCCUCCCCUCCUCCCCUCAAUUCUCCUCCCCUCUUUUCUCCUCCACUCCACCCCUCUUUUCUCCUCCCCUCCUCCCCUCUUUUCUCCUCCCCUCCUCCCCUCUUUUCUCCUCCCCUCCUCCCCUCUUUUCUCCUCCCAUCCUCCCCUCUUUUCUCCUCCCCUCUUUUCUCCUCCCCUCUUUUCUCCUCCCCUCUUUUCUCCUCCCCUCUUUUCUCCUCCCCUCUUUUCUCCUCCCCUCUUUUCUCCUCCCCUCCCUCCUCUCUUUACUCUCUUCCCCUCCUCCCAUCACUCCACUCUCUCCCUCACAUCCCUCCCCUCCAACAGCCUCCUCUCAUCCACACUAG